CGGAAGUGGGAGGUGUCCGCUCGAGUUUGUGUGGCCGCCGCCGCGGGAACGCGAGCCCGGUAAUUUUUCAACGGAGAAAGGCGAGGCUUUCGGGCUUGGCCGAGUGAGAGUGAGUGAGCGAGUGCCGGGCUCCAGCCCCUCUCUUUUUACGUGACAGCCGGCAUGGAGCAUGAGCGGAGCAAACAGCCUAGCAGCGAGGCCGUGGCUCCCGCGCGGCUGGAGUCGCCCCGGUCGGAGUGUGGGGAGGAGCCGCGGCAUCCGAAUCCCGAGUGGAUUGACUUCAGCACCUUUGGAAACCAUUAGUGUAGAGCUUAAAUUUGGGAGAAGGCACUGAUCACUGAGAACUGGACCCCGAUGCCCUGAGCUUCACUGAAAGAGCCAGAGUUGGUGAAAGAGCCAGAGUUGGAUCUGGGAGAGGAAGCAGAUCUUCUGUUAUGGAAACCAUGAUUUAUAGCAAAUUUAUAAGAGGUCUUAGUGUUCUUUAAAAAGCAACGAUGUAGAUUCGAUGGCCAAGAAACAAAAGAGUCUAUGUUCAUUACCUCCAGUGCAAGUGAUUUCAGUGACCCAGUUUACAAAGAGAUUGCUAUUACAAAUGGAUGCAUUAAUAGAAUGAGUAAGGAAGAACUCAGAGCUAAACUUUCAGAAUUCAAGCUUGAAACCAGAGGAGUAAAGGAUGUGCUAAAGAAAAGGCUGAAAAACUAUUACAAGAAGCAGAAGCUCAUGUUGAAAGAGGGCAGUUGUGCUGACAGCUACUACGACUACAUUUGUAUCAUUGAUUUCGAAGCCACUUGUGAAGAGGGCAACCCACCUGAAUUUAUACAUGAAAUAAUUGAAUUUCCUGUGGUUUUACUGAAUACCCAUACCUUAGAAAUAGAAGAUACAUUCCAGCAGUAUGUGAGACCAGAGAUUAACACACAACUUUCUGAUUUCUGCAUCAACCUAACUGGAAUUACUCAGGAUCAGGUAGACAGAGCUGAUACCUUCCCUCAGGUACUAAAAAAAGUAAUUGACUGGAUGAAAUUGAAGGAAUUAGGAACAAAGUAUAAAUAUUGCAUAUUGACAGAUGGUUCAUGGGAUAUGAGUAAGUUCCUGAACAUUCAGUGCCGGUUAAGCAGGCUCAAAUAUCCUCCUUUUGCUAAAAAGUGGAUCAAUAUUCGAAAGUCAUAUGGAAACUUUUACAAGGUUCCUAGAAGCCAAACCAAAUUGACAAUAAUGCUUGAAAAGCUAGGAAUGGAUUAUGAUGGGCGGCCUCACAGUGGUCUUGACGACUCUAAGAACAUUGCCCGAAUAGCAGUUCGAAUGCUUCAAGAUGGAUGUGAACUCCGAAUUAAUGAGAAAAUGCACGCAGGACAGCUAAUGAGUGUGUCUUCUUCGUUACCAAUAGAGGGCACUCCAGCUCCACAAAUGCCGCAUUCUAGAAAAUAACAGCAUUUUUGCCCUUUGCCCACAGAUCAUUCACUCUAACUGGAGUUGCUACAAAGAGGUAGCAGGUGAAUACUCAUUGAAUUAGUCCUGUGGUGCAAUAUUUAAGCACCUUAAACAUUUACAAUCUUACUACAGUUAUAUAUAAAUAUGUGUGAACAGAUUCUGUGGGGAGGGCAUAUUGAAUUUUUUGUCACCAGCACUUUUGAUAUGAGCAGUAUUUGUUACACAGUAACAGUUCCUGCUUAGAAUUGACUUUUUUAAUUUAAGGUGUCCAAGACGUGUUCCUUUUGGUUUUAAAAUGCAAAGGCUUACUGGCGCUCUCCUUGAAUGUAAUAUCUUACUGAUGUUAGGAUAUAUAAUGUAUUUCUACAUUAACAUCAUUAGAUCAAGUCAUUUCUUACAGUGCAGGAAAGAUUGGAAAGCCUUAUCUAGGCUUUGGGUUUUAAGACUAUCACAGUCCUUUUGACUUUUGAAUUCUGUAUGUAAAGUUCAGCUGUGCAUGGUGAAUUUCAUAAAGUACUUGGUACACAUAUCUGCCUACAUUUCUUUUCAAUUUGUAGUUGGAAGACUUGUGGUAGAUUAUAGGGUCUUGUUAAGAAGUCAGUUACUGAUGAGGUUAAUGGAAAGUCAGAAGAAAAUACCAUUUAAAGGAAUAUAAGGGCUGUAGCUCAGACUUUAUCAUACAUAAACAUAUCACUGGGCUUCUUUGGACUUUAUUUUUUGAUUCCCCUCCCUCUUGUGACAUACAUCUACCCUAAUUCUUAAAUCUAAGAGACCAUGCUUUGAUAUAGACUAAGAAUAGGGUUGCCACUUAAUUUUGCAUUUGUAUUCAACAUUAUGAGUAAGGUUAAUAAAGUCAAAUAAUGCUUUUAAACACCUAAUGUUUUUAUUAAAGGUUGAUUUUACAUAGUGAGUGACCACUAAAUCUUGAUAGUUAAUUCUUAACUAAUUUUAAAAACAUAAGUGGGUUUAUGGAGUUGAAAAAGCAAAACUCUUACCUAGAUGCUAAAAAUAUUUUCUGAAUUGAAUUUCCCCCUAUAGCUUUCAUGAACAAUUUGCCUCUUCUCUUUUCCUUUCUAUUAGUAGUUGUGAUGCUACUUUAUUUUAAUGAUUUACAUAUUAACUAAAUGACUUUUAUAGAGGCUUCCAACCUUGGUGCAUAGGAAAAAAGGAGGCAUUUUUCUUGGUCUGGGAAUUCUCUCCCCAGUGCUGUAAAAAGAAUGAAUUUUGCCUUUGAGUGGUAGUUGUAGAAUAAGAAUAAAGACUAACAAGUGGAUAACAGAAGGCACAAGGGAUGUGAUGCCCUUACACAAACUGAUAUGGAUUAUAGUAAAACAAGGAAAUCUAGAUGUUUUAUAUUUAUGCAGUAAACUUUGGGGGUGAAAUGGAUGUAUGCUGAGAUUUUUGUGAAUCCUAAAUAGUACCAUAAAAUAUACUGUAAAGUAUUGCUGUUAAGUUUCAAAGAAUUUCCUUCAAAUCCUUACUGAGUUGCUGGGCUCAGGCAGAGCUGUAGAGAACAGCAAAUCACUGUUGAGAUGUGGAUGCCAGGAAGUCCACUAGCACUCUUUUUAGGCGAUUUUUUUCCACGUAGCCACCUUAACCUUAGAAAUCAAAUUCAUGCCCCAGCAAAACCAUUAAUUAUCUGUUGCCAGCUUCUGUAGUUGCUACUUAACAGCUGAAAUUGCAGUUGAGAAAUCUGAAAAUGGCAAGGAAAUAUUGCUUCUCGUGUAACAACACAUAAUCAGACUUAAAUCAGACUUCUAAUUUCUGCACCAAUUUGUCCUUUUUAUGAAAUAACCCAAGUACCAACACCCAAGUACCUAAGUCCUCCUGUAUUUCUUUUUAAGAUCUUCAGCCUUACAAGCUGUCAACGUCUUUUUGGCUGUCAGGUAUUUCAUUUGGUGAUGUUUUACUGUUCUCAUUUUUUAAAAAACUACCGAGGAAUAAUUGACAAAUGUAAGUGUACAUAUUUAAAUUAUUUAAAGUGCAAAUGUGAUGAUUUGAAGUAUAUUGUGGAAUGAUUAUCAAGAUCACACCACUUCAUAUAGUCAACUUUUUUUUUUUUGGUGGUGAGAAUGCUUAAGGUCUACUCUAGGCAACUUUCAAGUUUAUAAUACCCUGUUAUUAACCACAGUCAACACGGCUGUACAUUAUAUCUGCAGAACUUAUUCUUCUUAUUACUGAAAAUUUGUACGCUUUGCAACCACCUGUUUUUGUCCAUCAACCUUAGUUCACUUAGCUCUCCAGGUUCAUUCACACUGUUGCAAAUGGUAGUAUUUCCUUUUUCUUCAUGGCUGAGUAAUAAUCCAUUGUAUAUGUACUAUUUGUUUUAAGACAUUUUUUGAGUUCUCUUGAUUUCUUUUGUGAUCCAUUGGUUCCUCAGAAGUGUUUUGUUUAAUUUCCAUAUAUUUGUGAGCUUUUCCAGCUUUCCUCCUGUCACUGAUUUGUAGUUUUAUACCAUUGUGGUCAGAAAAAUAAUUGAUAUAAUUUCAGUCUUCUUUAAUUUUUUGAGACUUAUUUCAUGAGCUUAUAUAUGAUCUCUCCUGGAGAGUGUUCCAUGUGUGCUUGAGAAGAACAUGUAUUGUGAUGCUGUUGGUUGAAAUAUACUGUAUAUGUCUGUUAGGUUCGUUUGGUCUAAAGUAUCACUCAAAUCUGUUAUUUCCUUGUUAAUUUUCUAUCUGGAUGAUCUGUCCAUUGUUAAAUGUGGAGUACUGAAAUCCUCUACCAUUAUUGCAUUGCUGUCUAUUUUUGUCUUCAGAUCUGUUAAUCAUUGUUUAAUAUAUUUAGGUGCUCAAUACUGGGUACAUAAAUGAUUGUUAUAGCCUCUUGA